AGAAGAUGCAUAAAUAACAAAUAUUGCCGCAAAUAUAAAUAAACAAUUUAUUAAAUAAAAUCUGAUACAUAAAGCAGCAAUAUGCCCACCCUAAUAGCACUGGAUGCAUCGCUAUCGAUGCUUCGUCCUGUCCCAGGACGGAAUGAGCACACCUACCAAUCGCUGGCCAUCAAGGGGAUUCAGCAUUUGCUGGACAACCUGACGGCGGCCGGAAAACUGGAGCAUCUUGGUCUGCUCUCCUACUCCACGACGGCGGAACUGAAGGUGGACUUCACCCGGGACUAUGACCAGAUCCGGCAGGCAGUCAAAAAAGUGGAGCCGGUGGACAAGGCCUGUCUGAUGAGCAUGCUCAAGGCGGUGGUGUCCAUAAUGUCGCCAUGGGGCAAUCAGAACAUCCUGCAGGUGGUCGUAUUUACGGAUUGUGGUCUCGGCUUUGGCAACACCUCAAUCAUCAGCUUCCUGGAAGCCUACGCCGACAAGGAAACGGAGCCGGAAUUCAACUUUCUGAAAACCCUGGCCAACUACAACCUGAACUUUAUCUGUUUGGGUCUGCACGGUGAUCACUAUUUCACUAGGGGAUUGGCUGUAUACCAACAGCUACUGGACAAGGUCUCCCUAAAGGGCCAGCUGUUUAUGACCAAACCAGCUAAGAACACCGAUGCUGUCGAAGGAAAUCCCAAUCCCAACCCUAAUCCUAGCCACAAAAGCGAACUGGGACGCACUACGGUUUUCGAACUAAUAGAGCGGCUGUGUGAGUCCAGCUACAAGUCCUCGGAGGUGACCCUUAAGUGCGGCAGCUACUUCCGCAUGGAGGCGCCUGUUCUGCUCUGGCCACCCACGGCACCUUAUGAGCAAAAAUCUUCAGUUUUCGGCAGAGAACCCACCACUCGCCACAUUGAUCAAAGGAUUGAGGUGUGCGGUUUUCUAGCACUUUCGGACAUUGGUUCGCCGGCUACACUAAGUCGUCAUUGGGUGCUGCCGAAGGUGGAACGUGAAAAGUCUGGCGGGAGCCGAAGAUCUGGAAGCUUGCCGCCAGCAGCCAAGCCACCAAAACUUAACCUAGAUGUCAGUAAUCCCAAUUAUGAGCUGGAGAAGCUGGAAACCGAUAUACGUGACUUCUACGCCAAGGAUCCCAAGGACACCGAAGAGAGUGGCGAUGAUGAUGUGACCAUUGUCCUUAAACCUGGUCCUCAGACGGAGCAGCAAAAGGAAAACCUUUGCGUCCUUCUUCACGGAGCUCUCAAAAUGGAAAACAUGGCCGCUUUGGUUAAAGUGGCCGAAAAGUGGUAUGGAUUCAUAUAUGCAUUCACCGAUGGCAAGAAGAAAUCCAAUCUGAUGUUAAACAUUCUUCCACCUGGUACAAAUGUUAUACCCUGGGUGGGAGAUCUGGAACUGCUGGGAUUCCCCGAGGAUUUGGCUCCUGGAGAAACAGCGAGCUUUCCAGUGCGCGCCGAUCGGAGAUCCUAUUCCCAGAGCAGUGUGGUGUGGAUACGACAGGCCAGCCUGCAGUCCGAUGUCCAGAAGGUACUGCGGCAUGCCAAGAAGAUGCCCGAUAAGACGCAGCAUUUCUACAAGGAGCUCAAUCGGAUUCGACGAGCUGCUUUGGCCCUGGGAUUCGUGGAGCUGCUGGAGGCCUUGGCCAUGCUGCUGGAAAAGGAGUGCGCCCAUCUUAGCCUGAAUGGAGCCAGCAACGAGUGCACCCUGCAGCUGCAACAUGCUGCCACCGAAUUACGAAAGACCUCGAAUAGAGAUAUUAAGUCUACGAUUAUACCGCUCCAGAAAGUGGGGGCUUCCGAGGCGGGCAGCACAGCUGCCACCGCUCCUGCCCCUGCGUACAUGUAUUAAAAAAUAUAUUAUGACUUUUAUGUAAAA